GUCCAAAAUGGAUAAUGCAUGGGAAAUCACUUCAUAAAUUGUCAAGGCCUAUAUCUAGUCUUACAAAGCAAAUUUGGCUCCAAAUGAAUAACGUACAUAGUGUUGCAGCUACUGGGUUUAACCAGGGCAAUCAUUAUGACUCAAACAGACCAUCAUAUACAGACCAGGCUAUACGAUAUAUAGUAGAUGUAUUGUCAGAGUUAUCUCCCCUUAACAGAAAAGAUCUAAAAUAUGAUGUUUUAGAACUUGGUGCAGGAACAGGAAAAUUUACAGAGAAAAUAACUUUAUGUAUAUCUCAAGAUGUGAAAUAUUUAGCUUCUGAACCAUCUGAGUCUUUCCUAGGUGUACUGAGGAAUAAAGUCCCAAGUUUUGUUGAAUGUGCUCCAUGUACAGCCGAUGCCAUACCUUUACCAAAUAAUUCUGUCAAGUUAAUUAUUGCUGCACAGUGUUUUCAUUGGUUUGCUAAUCAUGAAAAUCUACAAGAAUUGUACAGAGUACUGGUGCCUGGAGGACGGUUUGUGAUGUUAUGGAACAAUAAAGAUUGGAGUAUUCCAUGGGUGAAGUCUAUAGAAGAUAUCUUAACACAGUAUUAUGAUGAAGACACUCCCAGGGCUGUUUCUUAUAAAUGGAAACAUGUGAUAGAAAGUUUCUCAGGAUUUUCAUUGAAAAAUCAUCAGUUAUUGCCUGGGAUACAAAUGAGGGGUGAAAGAGAUUUUGUUGUUGAACAUUUUUCUUCAAUCAGUGUGAUAUCCCGAUUAUCUCCAGAAGAAAAACAAGAAGCUCUUGCUAAAUUUUACAAUGUUCUAGACAGCAGUGAGAUGACCAAACAUUUGUCAGAAAUACAGAUUCCAUUUCAUACAGAAAUUUAUGAUGUAGAAAAGAUGGUGCUUUAAAACUAUAAAUGUAUAGUUUAUUUAAAGGAGUUGAUUGAAUCAUUUUAAAUUCUAGAUCUCAUGUUAUUUUAUUUCAGGACUUAAAUGUUACGAGUCUAUAGAAAGUUUGUUGAAUUCUUAAAACUGUUCCAUUACCUUUGGCCAGUUUCAAAUAGGUAGGUUGUUGAAAUUUACUGCUCAUAUUAGGCCUGAACAAAAAUACAUGUGUUUCUGUAAAGCUGACAAGCCUUAAUUUUUUUUAAAGAUUUUUUUUUAUAUUUUUUUGAAUCAACUAUUUAAGUCAAACUGUUUCCCCUAUUGAAACCAGUUAACACAUUUUAAAAAAUAUUGUUAAUUUCUUACCAAACGACCCUGAAUUUAUUCAGCAUGUUAGCAGAAAUACAGAUUUUUUUUGUGCCUUAGCCUAUUAAAGAGGUUUGUUGUUUAUGUUUCAAUUUUUCCUCUAUAUUAUGGUACCUCUCUGGGUUUUUUCCUAGGCUAUGCAUUGAAAACAUUUACUUGGCGAUCUCUACAUUUCUCAAUAUACAUCCCAAAUACUUUUCUCAGACUGUUAAAUAGUUUCUACUGUUUUAAUUUUUGAAUCCAAGAUGGUAUGUACUCACACCUAUCUUUAUUUUCCAUAAUUUGAUGUAUCAUACACUAUCAAAUGAAAAUGUUGACAUUGAUGAAAAUGUUUUUAUUUUAAAUUUCAUCUGAAAACAUCUUAACGACUAAGAUAGGGUCUCAGAUAUGCUCAAAUCAUUUCCAAAAUGGUUAGGUACUCUUGAUCUUUUUACAUCUGAUAGAAUUUGUUAUUUGCUCACCAAAAAGUAGUAGGUUUACUUGAUUACAUGCUUUCCUUGACCGAUUAGACUGACCUCUAUUUAAGUUAAUUAUACCUGUCAACUGACAUGAUUUAGGUGUAGACUACCUGAAUUUUACCACUUGUCCCAAAUGCAGGAUUGUUAUGACUAUUACAAUCCCCCUUAGAUAGAAUUUAGUAAAAGUUUGCUUGAAAAAUUAUUUAUUCUAGUUGUUUGCUUAUUCAUAUUUGGAGACAGACGAGAUUGUUGGAAGUUUAUAGCCAGUCAAACUUGUUAUUUUAUAACAUAAUUUUCAAAUGUAAACAGAGUAUUGUGUUGUUAUCCUGAUCUAGCAUAUAACUUUCAAACAUAUUCCGAUUGUUGUUUCUACUGAAAAUGCCUUCCUACCUGAUUUAAAAGGAAGAAAGUCCUUUGAGUCAACAUAUGUGAAUGAGAUUUACUUAUGGUAGUUGGUUGAACAAAAUAUUGUCCCAACUUUUUCAUGUCUUUCUUAGAAAUGGUUUCAAUGAAAAUGAACAAUUUUUCACUGUUAUAGAAUUUUACUAGGCAAAGAAAAAUAAAAAAAAAUACAUGUGCUACUUUUUGAAGGAUUUUUUUUUGAUUGCUGCAAAUUCAUUUUCAUGAAAUUAAAGCCUUCUUCAUGUUUAUCAAAUACAACUAUUGUAAGUGACAUCUAAGGAGAACAUGAUUCUAUUUAAGACAAAGGCGAAUUCCUGAUUUUUCACUCAUUUCAAAACAGGAAAGUUCCUGUGUGGUCAGACUGCAGGAGAAGAAGCUAUUGAAAAAGUUGCCAUAGCAACAUCAAACCAAAGGGGAACAAAUUGGGCACAUUGUUUGUAAGAAAAAAUGACUUAAUGACUUGAAAUUACUAUAAACCCACUGUACAUGUAUGUCAAAUGGUUCAUAAAUUAUUUUAUAUUGUCAUGACUAAUUGAAGUGGAUUAAAAAAAAAAUGAAAUAGUGAUGGUUUAUUUUCUUAGUUGUUAUUAUGUAAAAGUGGUUUGUAAUUUCUUUUUGAUACAAUAGUAAAAAUGAAGAUAGAAAUAUUGACAGCUUUGUUUAAUCAUUAUAAUGAGUGUAUAGAAAGAUACCAUUACCAAUUACAUUUAUCAAACUUCAGAAGAAAUACUUUCAGAAAAUGUGAUAUUUGCCAAGCUUUGAUGACAAAAUUUGAUAGUGAAGUCUUUUAAGUAACAUCAUCAGGGAAAUUUUAAAAGUUUUUGUUGAAUUUGGGGAAUAUUUGAGCUAAAUUAACAUAGAGCACAAGACUGGCCCCAAAAAAUAUUUUCCCAAGGAACCAAAUAGACACAAAAUACACUUCCUAUAUAUGUAAAUAUCGUCCUACAAAUGAUGUGGGAGUCAAAAAGUUGAGAUUCUGCCAAAUUUUGAUCCAUUGAUUAAUUUACUGUCAUUUCCUGGCUGUGUUAUCCAUGAAAAGAAUACCGUAUAUUUGUUUUAAGACAAAAUGCAAUGUUCUGAUUAAGUAUAAAAAAUUAUAUAUUCAAAGUAUGAAUAUAAAAAUCAGGGACAGAUUGAAUAAAAUACUUUUGGAUUUAAGAUCAAUUUGGCCAAAACUGUACUGUCUUCCUUUCUUUGACCACUGAUAAGUAUGUGUACUAUUAAAAUAAGUAAGUAUAAUAGUAUUUGUCCAGUGCAAUUGCUUUUGUUCUGUUUGUUUAGUCUCAAUUUUGUUAACUAUUGUUGGUUUUUAGUCAAAUUAUUUAAUGAUUCUGUAAGUUAGUUUUGCAUAUGUGAGAACAGUAUAUUCAAGAAAGUUAAAACACAGGCUCAGAAUUCUACAAUAUUUGCAAAAAAUAAGAAAACUUUGUCAACAGAAAAAAUUCUAAAUACAAAAUUAAUAAGUAUGUAUUGUAACAAAAAAGGUCACACUGCAUAUUUGAAUCCCAUUUUGUAGUUUCAAAAGAGUUGUGUGUCUAAUUAGAUAAAGAAGCUACGGAAGGUGAUACUCCAUAAAAAGUUGCACUAUCAAAGUAGAGCAUAUUGUAUGUUGAUAUAUAUAGAUUGUGACAUUAUAUUGAAAAAGGAAAAAAUGAAGUAAUAUAAAAUUUUAUGUUUACAAAUUAAAGACUGUUACUCUGAAUACCUGUUGUUUAUUACAUAGUUGAAAAAAGCUUUAAUUUUUCUGUCAGGUAAAAUGUUUUUUGCUUAAAUGAAAGUUGUAUGUUCUUUGAAAUGUUAAUCAGUUUCUUUAUAUUUAUUGUAUUGAUAUUUAUUGUAUUAUUGCUGUUUUUAACAUUUAUAUGGAUUCUGUAAUGUGAAAUAAAACAAAUUAUCAUCUUG